AUGAAUCGUGGACUCCCCAAGUUAGUGGCUUGCAGCUUCGAUAUUUCCUGUCAGCCGCGCAGCAGAGCCGAGGCGAGGGCGGAGGAGGCGAGGAGAGGGAUGGCAGAGAACAGCUCCGAGACAAGCGGCUCCGUUCACCGGAGAUGUUUGGCCCAUUCUCCGGCGGAGAGAAACAUUUCAGCUGGCGUCGGGGCGUCCAAAUGGAUUCGACUCAAUGUCGGCGGGACGUAUUUUUUAACAACGAGACAGACGCUGUGUCGAGAUCCAAAAUCAUUUCUGUACAGACUGAGCCAAGCUGACCCCGAGCUCGACUCCGACAAGGAUGAAACUGGUGCCUAUCUCAUAGACAGAGACCCCACAUACUUUGGGCCAGUGCUGAACUACUUGAGGCAUGGCAAACUGGUGCUCAACAGGGACUUGGCAGAGGAAGGUGUGUUAGAGGAAGCCGAAUUCUACAACAUCACAUCAUUAAUAAAGCUCAUCAAGGACAAGAUCAGGGAACGCGACUGCAAAACAUCACAGGUUCCAGUGAAGCAUGUGUACCGGGUGCUGCAGUGCCAGGAGGAGGAGCUGACACAAAUGGUGUCAACCAUGUCUGACGGCUGGAAGUUUGAGCAGCUGGUCAGCAUCGGCUCCUCUUACAACUACGGAAACGAAGACCAAGCCGAGUUCCUGUGUGUAGUCUCCAAGGAGCUGCACAAUCAAUCAUACGGGACAAACAGUGAGCCCAGUGAGAAGGCGAAGAUUCUUCAGGAAAGGGGUUCCCGGAUGUGAAAGGGACUCAGUAUUAUGAGCUCCAGGUGUUAUGAUGCAAACAUAUCAUCUUUGUGGAAGAACGUUUGGCACAAUGGAGAUUUAAAGAGGGGGGGGUUGUGCAUUUAUUUUGUGUUUUCCCUCCACUUUAGUUUUUAUUUCUUAAUGUAAAUAAGUCUGUUUACUGACAAGUUGUGCCUGUACAUUUAAACUGGACCAUUUUGAAUUAGCGGCAAGUUUUUCUUUUCUUUUUUUUUUUCUAAUUGAAAGUAAGGAAUUGUAAUCUUCAAAUGUUUUAUGCUAUAAAAUAUGGCCGUCAUCAUAUAAGGCCAAUGAUUCUCUCAGGGUCAUCUAUUGAGUUAAUUCUUAUAUCCUCCAACUCAAGGGUCUGGUAAGGGAUCAGUAUGGUCUUUAUUACUCUGAGUAUCAAAAAACAGAAUCAUUGUUUAGAGAUGUUAAGAAGGGAAUUGUGCGUUUACUUGUUAAAGAGUUAGGCUAUUAAAUAUGAAAUGCACCCCAAAAGCAAAAUGUUUAUCCAAAGAUUUGAAACAGUUUUACUGAGAUUUGUGAUCAUGAGGAUUCCAACUACCCAACACACAUUUUGAGAGACGCAUUUGAGGAAUCAUUUUAGUUUCACUUGAUUUUUUUUUCCGGUCGGUAUACAUUGUCAGAAAGGACAGUAAUGUACAAGGAACGCUUUGAACAACAAUGUCACUGUGAUUUGACUGUGUCAGUAAUGGGGCAUUAGCUACAUAAAGAGGGCUUUUAUUAGUGGUGAGGAAAUAACGGAUAUAAUAAAAUGCCAUUUGAAUAUGGAUCAAGCCAAAUUUUGAGAUGGAAAUAUCUACUGCCUAUGGUAAUGUCAUGAAGUUAAGUACUUUUUAAAAUACCUGUACUAUAAAUGAGAGCAUUGUGUGUCUUGCAGCCUUAGUUACCCAACUACUAGGGCUGUAGUCAACCAAAGAACAUCUUGGUCGACUGAAAUAGUACCUAUUCUUCAACCAAUCUCUUAGUAGCAGAGAAUAAAAUCAGCCACAGUGCACUGAGGGAAUUCUACCUGCUAGCCUUAUUAGCCUAAAUAAAUUACAAAUAAACAUAAAAUGCUGAUAUUUUAAGCUUAUUAAGCCACUUUAAGCUUAUUAUUUUAUACUAAAAUGGAAACAACAGACUUGAAGCCGACAGCGUACACCUGCCCUCAUUCAUGUUUUCUGAAAAUUGAACUACAUCGGCUGAUGAUUCAGCACAAGAACGCGAGAAAUAUACUGCAGACAAGUUAGCCUAUUGUUUGUAGAUUAUCUGCCAUGUUGGUUGUUGCAAACUACUGUUUGCAAAGUUUACACUCGACUUUAUGGCUAUUCGUUUUAACACAAAUGCAGCCACACUGACGACUUCUUUGACAUGGCAUUAACUAACUGAGGCCGCUGAUGUAGCCAUUUUCUCCUUAUGAAAGUAACACUGGCGAUUCUCUUACCGUUGAGAAUUUGGUUGGAUGAGAGCAUAUUGACCAACCAGUCGACAUGGAGACUACAGCCCAACCACAGACACCUUUGUGCUGUGGGAUUAAGUUAUUAUAUUUUCAGGAUACUUGUGUGGAGAUAAAGAUGACUGCAGUUUCUGCACAAUUGUGGUGGUGCAAAGAACUAAAAUGGCUCUCCGAAGUGAUCUUAAAUUAUAUAAAGCUGUAUUGUUUUAAACUUCUGAUUUAGUUGGAGGCCUCCUCAUGUUCAUAAAUCUAAAGUCAACUGCCAAAAAACAUCAAGUGUUUCAAAUGUGAAUUCUGUUAAAAAGUGAGAACAUUUUUUUUUCAUCGUCAGUGUCCAACAAUGUCCUGUUCCCUGUCUGGAAAAAAAUGUCCUCAAGACAAUGGGGACUUUUUUUUCUUCUUCUCCCCGCUGGCAUCUGAGUUCUCCUUUACUCAUUUUUUUCAUAUGUUUUGAGGGAACAUCUUGUUUAUGACCUUUUUUUCUUUUUUCUUUUUUUUUGUGGGGAGGUAUUUGUGGUGUUUGGGGGACUGGAACUGUUUGAAGAUGGUGGUGAAGGACUUUCUGUUCAUAUCAAGAGGAUUUUGUUUUCAUGUAAAUAAUCCAAAUUCAAUAUUAAUAUUUAACUCUUAAGACAACUGCACGUUUUGUACACUGUAUAGAAAACGACUUCGAAAUGGAAGUUGUUUAUACUGGAUCUUUAAAAAUGAGAAAAUCUUGACAAUGUUAACUUCUGUUUUGCAUUGUUUGUACAGGAGAUUUCUGAGUUGGGGUUUGAAACAGCUGAUGCUGAAUACAGUGUCUUUCACUGAGAACAUGCCUGGAACAUGUUUUGAUAACCAAUAACAAAGCUAUACUUGGCUGGCUAUGAAGUUGACUGUUACAUUUAAAAACAAAUGUAUUUUUUCUUGCAGUGUGAUAGAUUCUUCUUAGCAUUUUGAAUUGUGUAGAUUUCGUACACAGCAUUACAAGCACUACAGUGGAAAACACUGCACAUUGCUUACAGCCUGUAAUGUUGUUAAUGUAAAUACUGCAUUUUAGAACACUUUUUUUAAUAGAAAGUUGUUUUCAGGUUUGAUGUGUGGUUUUGAUAGGUUGGAUAUUUCAUUCACAAAUAAUCAUUUAGUGUUGCCUUUUUCCCAGUGACCAAAAUCCAAUGUCUUAUGUGUAUUGUACACAUUGAUCUUAGUGUCAGGGAUGAGUAAACUUUUCUUAAUGCUGGCACACUUUGUACAUAUAGACUUGUUAACGACACACAAACCUCCAUUUACUCACAUGUACACGUAUACACUUGACUAAAAUGGUUUUUAUAUUGUCGAGGAAACAAGUAUGGAUGCAUGUUUUUGAAAUUAAUAUACACACACACAUAUAUAUAUAUAAAUAUAUGAACACAAACACACACAAGGGCUUUUAAAGUGCAAAAUUUGAGAUCUGCAAAGAGGUUCAAUCAAAGUAGACUGGAUUUCCUGCCAGAGCUAGGCUAUGUUUACAUUUGCUAUAGUAUUCUGAAGCCUUCCAAUUAUGUACUGUCUUGCACUCCCUCACACGUUAACCUACGUCUGACUUGUGUGACUGCACCAAUGGCAACUAGCACUCCCCAUGAGCUGAUAAUCACUCUGACUGAUGUUAAGAUACUCCAUCCGUUUUUAACAGCCAUUGCUUGAGCGUUGCAGACAAUCUCGCUUCCCACCCCUUCCCCGAUGGUAGUAAAAUACUCGUUUUUAAUAGGAUGAAACUUAACCUGCUCAGAGCUAAGGUUUAUUUGAGUCUUUUGGGACUUUUUUUUUCUUCUUCUGUGAUUUAAAGUGUUUUUGUGUUUUGAUUUGCUUGGUUCAGCUGUAACCUCGUUUGGUAUACUCUGGUCUGAGGUGUUUAAACCCCUCUACUUUAGCAGCUACAUUACAUUUAAUGCCCUUCACAAAACAGGUUGUCUGGUCGAGUAUCUGGCAUUGAUAAUCUUUCAUGUGAUGGACAAACUUAUCUAAUCUGUAGCCUAAUACUUUUAAGUGCCCAGUUUGUUUUUGCAUUCGAGUCAUAAACCACAGACCACUGUAAUGCAUGAUUGAUGAUGAUCACACUUGUAAUCAGAGGGAAUGAAUGUGUCAUUUUUCCUCAAUCUAACAAUUACAUUAAUAAGGUUCUCAUAUCACUACAUAGAUCACUUCUAUACGAUCUUAUGCAAUGUUAAAAAUGUACAAACUAAGUAUGGGGGUUAAGGGGAUAGAUCUACAUGGUCUUGCAUAAGGUAAACCCAAUAAAAAUGUUGUCAUUCA